CGGGCGGCGGUUGCCACAGCCUAUAUAAGGCGGCGCCGGGCGGGGCGCAGUGAGUUCCGUCGAGGCCUUGAGUUCCGUCGCUGCUCUACUGUUUGCUGCCGCCGCUGACAAUGCAGAUCUUCGUGAAGACCCUGACCGGCAAGACCAUCACCCUGGAGGUGGAGCCCAGUGACACCAUUGAGAAUGUCAAGGCGAAGAUCCAAGACAAGGAGGGCAUCCCCCCAGACCAGCAGAGGUUGAUCUUUGCCGGCAAGCAGCUGGAAGAUGGGCGCACCCUGUCCGACUACAACAUCCAGAAGGAGUCCACCCUGCACCUGGUGCUGCGUCUCAGAGGUGGGAUGCAGAUCUUCGUGAAGACCCUGACCGGCAAGACCAUCACCCUGGAGGUGGAGCCCAGUGACACCAUUGAGAAUGUCAAGGCGAAGAUCCAGGACAAGGAGGGCAUCCCCCCCGACCAGCAGAGGUUGAUCUUUGCCGGCAAGCAGCUGGAAGAUGGGCGCACCCUGUCUGACUACAAYAUCCAGAAGGAAUCCACUCUGCAUUUGGUCCUGCGCUUGAGGGGGGGUGUCUAAGUUUCCCCCUUUUAAGCAUUUGACAAGUUUCAUUGCACUUUUCUUUCAAUAAAGUUGUUGCAUUCCAA